AUGUCCCUCGAAACAGACCAGCCCGAGAAAAUCGACCGAGUGCUGCACCGCGACCCAAAAGUCUCAAUAUUCCUGCAGCCCAUCGCGCCAGCUACAUUCCAGUGGGGAGAUGAAAGCUCACCAACGAUCUUCUUCCCCUUUGUCGCAUUCUGGGGCGGUUUCGGGCAGUUUAUCGCGAGACUCUAUGGCUAUGCAGCCCGCGAUACCCUGGUUACAGUGGUCCAUGCUCUGUGGGGGAGUUUCUGGAUGAGUAUUGGGCUGCUGUAUCUUCUUGUUGCCACUGGUGCCCUCCCACCGCACGGACUCCACGAGCACUUCCCAGAGCUCGCAGCGUGGUUCAUCGUGCUGGCCUUCUUCACAUGGUCUGGCGCAAUCGCCGCCUCAGCCCGAGACCUAGUCCUCUGCAGCGUCCUGACAACGCUCGCCAUCGGCUCGACCAUAGCCUGCUGCCUGUUCGCAUUCGGCAGCGGCGUUGGAACAGGAAUGAAAGUCGCCGCGUAUUUCUGGAUUGUCAGCGCGAUUCUUGCCUGGUGGCGUGUGACUGUGUAUCUGAUUGAAGAGGCAUUCGGACAGCAUGCUAUCGCCAAGUUCUUCCCUAUCUUCCGGACUCCAAUUGAGGGGAGACGGCCACUGCUUGCGCCUGGAUUUGGCGAGCCCGGUGUGAAGAGGGGAAUGCCAGGGCUGACUUGA